AUGUCCAUGGGAGAUCCAUUAACAAAAGUGCAGCAUUCAAAGAAUAUAAAGCAUGAACGUCGUCAGAGCAUCAUAGUCUGUAUUGAAUUAUCCAGUAGGGUGUAUCAGUCCUCAGAAAUAAGUCCAAAGGCUCAGCUCGCAGAAAUGCUUGAAGCACUGCUUGAAUUAAUGAAACAGUUAGCUAUGUUGCUACCUAAUAGCGAAGUAUGCUGUUAUGUUUAUCAAUGUAGACGUUUAAAUGUUAAGGAUGGAAUUUACGAGUUGCUCCCUUUGGAAAUGGUGAAUGUUCAAAAGAUUCACAAGAUAUCACAACUGUUAUCUGAUAUUAAGAACAAAAAAAUGUUCUUGAAAGACGAGAUACCAUUUGAAGAGAUAGAUGGUUCCCCACUAAGUUCAGUAUUGGCUAAGAUUCAACAUCAACUCCAAGGGAAGACUACCGACGAAUGGAAAUUUAGAAACAAGAGGAUCAUAUUAAUCACCGCUAAUGAUAUGCCAGCAGAAUAUUUUGAUGCAGAACUGCAAAAAAAGUUUAAAAAUACGAUUAAUGCUCUGUAUGAUGAUUCCUUUUCCAUUGUUACGUUUUUCAUUCAUUCGCAGACUCGUCCAUUUAAUGAUACUUUCUAUGCCGACCUUUUAAAACCACUACGAAGGCCAGAGGAUUUAGAUAAGAACAUUCAGUAUUACGAUGGGCCAAAUACUAAACCAAUUGAAAUUAAAGAGCUGAAGGGGAAGCUUCUUCAAAAAAAGGAAGGUAACAAGUUCCACUUUAAAUGUGCAUUUAUCAUCAAUAAGCAAAAUGACUUUAUUAUUUCAUUAAAGGGAUUUUUCGCCAUAACACAAGAAAAAGCAGGUGAAAGAUUUAAAUACAUAUACCAGAAAGGUGCAAAGCCACAAGAUGCUUUUUCUCAUCGGAAGUUUUAUAAUGCUAAUGACGGGGAAGCAGCAGAUUCCCGGUUAACCAAAGUUUUCGAUAUUGGCGGAUUAAAUAUCGAGUUUACUGAGGAGCAGGAUCAAAAAAUGAUAAACAGCUUUUCAGAACAUGAAACGUUUUUGGAGUUAAUUGGUUUCAGAUCAGUGGAUAAGGUUAAUUUUUAUUAUAACAACAUCUCUACAUCAUCCUAUGUUAUUCCGGAUGACAAUGUGUAUGAAGGAUCUUCAAAAACUCUCUCACAUUUAUAUGCAUCUAUGACUAAAAAAGGAAAAGCAGCAAUUGUUUGGGGCAAAUUAACGAGAAUUGCUCACCCACAACUAUUUUUAAUGGUUGCAAUGGAUAGAAAAAACACCAAUCAAGGUUUUUAUUUGGUUCGUUUGCCAUUCAUUGAAGAAAUUAGACGAUUCCCUCAAACACUACAAAAAAAUCGAAGCGUAAAUAUUCAGGAAUAUGCGUUAAUGAAGAAAAUAACGGGGAAUAUUAUUGCCUUUUUCAACUUAAAAUCAAGUUACAGAGCGGCAGAAUUUCCAAGCCCAGUACUGAAAAGUUUCUACACCACCUUAUCGGAUAAACUUCUACAAAAAUCCUUAAGCGAUCAGUGGGGUAUGGGGUUCAAACUCUCAAACGAUAUUACCUUGGGAAAAGUGCAGCACCUACGUGAAUUAAUUAACAAAUCCUCGCAAAACAUGGAGCAGCCAAUACUUGCAAAGUAUAUGAAAUAUUGGAAUACGUAUUAUAACAAGGAGGGCAACAAUUCCAUAACUAAUCGGAAGAAACUCUACCAAAUAUAUUCGGGGGAUCCUCAGGUACAAAAGUCGAUGAGAAUUAGGGCAACCAAUGCGAAAUCUGUGUUUAAUUUGUAG